UCGGAAGGACAGAAACCAGGCGCGGAUUGGGGACCAUGACUAAGCUUUUGGCCCCCCCUCGGAAGGAAAGAAACACGGGGUGGAUUGGGGAACAUGCUUUUCACACCUCGGAAGGAAAGAAACACGGUCCUCCUCCUCCUCUUCUUCUUCUUCUUCUUCUUCUACUUCUACUUCUUCCUCCUUUCUUUUCCUUAUUUUUGAAAAAAAAAAGAAUCCUCCUCUCCACUUCAUCAAACCCAAGCAAUCAUUUCGUCAUCAUCAUCGCCACCACCAGUCAGGGCUGUACAGGUUAUACCUGCCUGGCAGAACACCACAAUCUGGUCCAUCUGACGAACUAGGCUUGAAAAACCAUCAUUAAGAAAGAAAAAAGUGAAUUGCUUUCCAUGUUACAAACUGUACACAGGCUCCCCUUCCAAUCCACUAUGUCAUCGUCACAUCGCAGAGCAUCGAUGAAAGGAAGGCCCCGCAUUGUUAAAAUUCCCCCACAUUUGUACUACGCUCCAACAACUAGAAUUAACUGUCGAUCCGCCAAUCUCCAAUCCUUUUCUUCGGGCACCGGUAAAGAACCAAAACUUGCAGUCGACAAACCAGUGAAAGUGAAUCCAUAGAACAUCUUCCUGACACCGUAACGGCCGAGAAGGUUAGGGAAGCUCCACACCCAACUCACAGGCACUCAGGCUCGGUGAAGUCUCCGAAACAAAAAAACACUCAGCCUCUCACACAGAACAGUUGCCAACAUCUCUCUCUCUCUCUCUCUCUCUCUCUCUCUCUCUCUCUCUCUCUCUCUCUGUGUGUGUGUCUGUACAACCAAGUUGAAUAUGCAAUCUCCAGAGGCAUUCAGGCUCAGUGAAGACUCCGAAAGGACUUAGCCUCUGACACAAUGAAGUUCCCUACAGAUCUCUCUCUCUGUCUGUCUGUCUGUCUGUCUGUCUGUCUGUCUGUCUGCAACAAGUUUAAGGAGCACUGCAUGGGCAGCAUGGCUAUUAGCAAGAUUACGGACUUGCCAAAUAAGAGAUAAAGACAGAGCAUUGAACAGACCCAAGGCUACCGGAGAGUGCUCAAGUCACAGGAAGCAAAUGGGAGGACUUUAGAGGCCACCACCAUCUGGAUCGUCUGCUCUCUUCACAGGGCCACAUGGGACAUGGAUACGCAGUGCCCACUUCAAAAGCACUCAACCCUAAGAAAUUCGUCAGCACCAAACACAAUUCACUGCAUACCACGAAAAACGAAUGCCAUGUUGUGGGCAAGCCCCUCGACACAAAACGGACAGGACUGCACUCUCUUCCCACCCUGCAGCUGGGAACUUUCUUCGCCAGAACUAAGGCAUGAAAGACCAGGCGUGACUCCCGGCCCGAGAUUAGUCUAAGGCCAGCGCGCUUGAUCAGAGAUGCUCCUUGGCCGUAUGACUGGAGAGGCAACGUGCAUCAGAGAACCAACCCGCGAACAGCAGCUGAAAUGGAAGAACCGUCACCCAUUGCAUUCCCGCUGCACUUGGAACGGCAGCGGGCUCAACUCCAAGCAACUGGUUCACAAAGAUGGUCGGAAUCGCGUGGUAGACAGACCCCCCACAGGACAACUGGAAUGUUGGGCCGGCUUAUGCCUGGUCAUUGUAACAGUAUUGGGCACAACUACUGGUCCAGAUGCAGCAGAAUGUGUCUGAGGGAUUGAUUCUUAGUGUCAAGAAAGAUCUCUAAAACCCUCUCAGACAACCGUCCUCACCCGAAUAGAACGGCCGGUCAUUCGCCUCAUAUAAGAUAGCCAAACAAGAGCAUCCAAGCCCAUACACGUACGUAAACUAUUCAUCCCAAGUGGCUUAUAGCCAUUAACAUGCUGAGACGAGUAAAUACUAAUCUCUUAACCACCCCCAUUACAUAAGUAGACUCGUUAACUUGAGAUACAUCUCCCUGCCAAAUUUUUGGCCCAACUCUCACUCUAGAUGCAGCGGCCAUAAAGACCGUAGAUGCAGCAGCCAUAAAGACCGUAGAUGCAGCAGCCAUAAAGACCGUAGAUGCAGCAGCCAUAAAGACCGGGGGCAUUCUAUUUGGGUGAAGAUGGUAGUCAGAGAGGGCUCAGAGGGGUGAAGGCUGGCAUCCCAGCUGCUGCACCUUGCUAUCGUUCUACGGUACCAGCCACGAUUUUAUUCAAGAGUGGAGCUUGUCAUCCAUCAUCCCCAACACUGGGUGCACAUAUCAUCCAAGCGUAGGGGCACAUUUGACUAGGUGUGUGUGGGGGCAAUGCCACGUCCUGAUCCCGACAACACAACUGUCUGUAGACUGGCAGGUACUGUCACAUGCAGCGGAACUCGAGAGAGGAAGGGCGGUGGUUUGGUAGGGCGCAUGGGAAGAGCGGGAAGGAGGGAGGAAAAGGUAGAGAGAAGAAGAGAGCCAUGUACAGAAGAAGUUUAACAGAAGAAGUCUCAUUCCAAGGGAGUCUGACCAAAUGCACGGAAACUUACAGAUACAGAUGAUGAUGGUGUCUGCGAACAAUGAAAAUGCGAAAGCCAUUUCCAGCAGCAAGCACCAAAUAGCAGAUACGCAACAGCAGCAACACUCCUCACCUUCUCCAACUGGUUUCGCGGCGACUGUACGCGCUUUCCUGUGUGGCUGAAUGCUACAGACAUGUAAGGGCACGAGUCCAGAUCCCGACGGAAUCAGACGAGUCCAGAUCCCAACGGAAUCAGACGAGUCCAGAUCCCGACGGAAUCAGACGACUUCAGAUCCCUACCGUUUGUGUGAUUGUGACCCCCACCCUGCUCCCCAUGUGUGGCUGAAUGCCUCCGACGCGCAACCGUUAGUAAGCAGAACACGAGUUUGAAUCCUGAUGGAAUCAGACGAACACAACGAAGAUAAGGAUUACCCCCUUAAAAAAAAAAGGAGGGAAGAAAGAAUGAAGCCGCUCCAAUCGAUCAACCUUACGUGCUACGGGUAUAUCACAGCUGUAAGCUCACCCAUCCUCAGACGAUGAAGAACAAACGCGAGCGAAACAACAUAGCAGCUGCAGAAGAGUCGGUCCACUAGGAAACAAAAGACAGAGGGUGGGAGUGUUGGCCUACCGAACUAGUAGACCUUUAUGCGUGCAAUCUCCAUGCUUCCAUGCACUGCCUUGCCUUGCCGUAAGUCCCGCCAUCCGUCAUCGCAUCGUGAAUCUGUCAGUGACCGAGAUGACAUCUGAAAAAGACCCUUGUCCCUCUCUCUGACUGGCGCUGUCUUGACUCAAGACAAGCACCUGUGCUUGGAUCGCCCUUGCGUUGAGAUGGCAAAAGUGGUCGUUUAGUUGCUUGAGCUGGCAGUUGAUCCCCAAGAAUCAGGGCUGUUGUUGCGGUUGGUUAGUGUGCUUGUCGUCUGUUGUGCAUUUCCCCCUACACAAGAGCAAAUACCAUUGGUGCGAUCCUCAAACGUCUCCUGCAAACAAAUAGCAUUGGUGCGA